CCAAAGAACAACGCCGCCGCCUACACUCGAACAAUAUAGAAAUCGGUCACAUCCAAUAAAUUAUCAAUGACAAAAACGGACAGAUUAUAACGUAAAAGAGUGUUUCUUAUACAAAGGAAUCUAUAACAAAGAUGAGCAUACCCGUAUCGGCAGUGUAUGAGCACCAGUAUUCUUUAACAUUUUCUACACUGCGGUCAGCGAGCGCUUAACGCGAUAUUCACCCCGUGAUUUAAUUGUUAUACUUUUUACAUAUAAAAUUAUUUUUUCGUUAGUUCAGUGAUAUAUCGCAUAUACAAUUUUUUAUUUACCACCAAUUACUAUUAUUUUGUUAGUGAUUAUCACAUCUUUCGCCUGGAAAACGUAAGUUUUUUUUUUGUUUUUUAUACAUUAUUCAUAAAUUAUUCGAGGCCUACGUAUAACUUGAUUUUUAGAUGUCGGAUGAUUCGUCGUCUAGUAUGCCGUGGUUUAACGGAGGUAUCUAUAAUAGAGUUCUUGCAGCGACACCUCCAGAAGAUUCUCCACCUGAUUUUUUUUAUUCGCCAGAGAGAACGUUUGUAUUAGUAAGUAGGAAUAAUAGACCGUUACUAAGACCCAUUACCCCAAUUACUCCGAUACCCGAUUUCACUCCGAUACGCAAUUUCACUCAGGACGGACAACGGUUUAGGUUCUCGCAGUUGAGUCCUCCUGCAUUACAGGGCAUACCCUUUAGAUAUUCAGAGAUGACUCAAUCCGAAGAUAGUGGACAUUUUACAGCUCAAGAGUCACGGAUUGAAAAUAAUUGCAUCGUGGUAUUAUCACCAUCUCCAUCUCCAAGACCGGGUACAUAUGCACAGAGCCUAAUAGACAAUAUGUUAUAUUCUCCUUCGCCACCACGAGAAUCGCAAAUGGAUGAAUGGCUUCGCUCGUUGUCGCCAGACAUGUUUCAACCCACAACACCAGUAGCAUACACACCGAGUUCGAGGAACAGCGUGGUAUUUUUUCCUUCGCCACAAGUACAAUCACAGCUGGAUGUAUGGCAACGGUCGUUGUCACCUAUUACACCAAGUAUAUUGAACAUAGUAUGUCCUCCUGAAUAUGGUUUACUCACUUACGGGAGGUUAUAUUCACCCCACCGAAAUGAAGCAGAUUGGGCGGAGGAUGGAUACAACGACAUCCUGGUCGUUCAUAUGCUUGCAAUUGAAGAAGAAUGGUACAAGGACGGAGCUGAUGACAUUUUGAAUCAGCAUAUGGAUGCUUAUGAAAACCGUAAAAGAGAAUUUCGAAAACACUAAUUUUUU